AAAGUACGUCUGAGACUGAUUCACGAAGAACAUACACUCUACAGAAUUACUUGAAUAGUGACUAUCAGUACAGAUCACAUAGUUUGGAGUGGAUUUCAGGAAAUCAGUAUCUUCAUGAAGCAACUAAUGGAGACAUCCUACUUGUCAAUGCUGACACCGGAACAUCCUCAGUAAUCUUGGCGAAUACAACAUUAGAUAAAUACAACGCAACCACAGCUAUAUUGUCUCCUGACCAAAAGUUUGCUCUUCUGCAGUACAGCUAUACAAAGUUGUGGAGGUAUUCCUAUACAGCUUCAUAUUACAUCUAUGAUUUCAAUAGCAGUUCUAUCUUAGAUGAUGGACUGCUACCUAAUGAUACACAAUAUAUAUCCUGGUCACCUGUUGGUCACAAACUGGCAUAUGUGUGGAAUAAUAAUGUUUAUAUAAAAGCUUCACCAACAGCAGAAGCUGUGCAAAUCACUGAAAAUGGCGAAGAAAAUAAAAUUCUCAAUGGAAUACCAGAUUGGGUUUAUGAAGAGGAAAUGUUUAGCAGCCGUUCUGCUCUGUGGUGGUCUCCAAAUGGCAAUUUUGUGGCAUAUGCAGCAUUUAAUGACACAGAAGUUCCUAUUAUAGAGUAUUCCUUUUAUUCUGAUGACACCUUGCAGUAUCCAAAGACCAUUAGAAUCCCAUAUCCCAAGGCAGGAGCUACAAAUCCAACUGUGCAGUUCUUUAUUGUGGAUGCCACGUCGCUUCCUGCUUUCCGCUCUGCAGAAAUUUCUCCACCUGCAGAAAUAAAAUCAGUGGAUCAUUAUUUGAGUGUUGUAACAUGGGUGACAGAUGAAAGGAUCUGUCUGCAGUGGCUCAGAAGAACUCAGAAUUUUUCAGUCCUCGCAGUCUGUGACUUUGAAAAUGCUACUGGAAAUUGGUCAUGUCCACAGGUAAGAGAAAUGAGGAACAACAACGAACGGAAGAAAGUACAACUGGCUGGACAUCUCUCUUGUGUUCAAGUUUCAGCCAUCUGUCCCUUAUUUGCACCCGACAAUACUACCUACUACAAAGUCGUCAGCAAUACAGUAGGUUACAAGCACAUCCAUUACAUAAAUGGCUCAGAGGCUCCAGUACCUAUUACUUCAGGAAAAUGGGAAGUAACCAGCAUAGAAGCUGUAACCAAUGACUUUUUAUACUACAUUAGUAAUGAAAACAAUGGAAUGCCAGGAGGAAGAAAUCUUUAUAAAGUGCUCUUGGAAAGCGGUCCAAAUUCUACUGAAUGUGUUAGCUGUGCUCUGAAUCAAGAAAGAUGCCAGUAUUAUUCUGUGUCCUUCAGCAAAGACUUACAGUAUUAUCAGCUAAAUUGUCAUGGUCCUGGCCUGCCCAUGUCUACUCUGCACAGAAGCAGCGAUGAUCAAGUCCUCAGAUACCUGGAAAAUAACACUGAACUGGAAGAUUCAUUGCAAGAUAUUCAGAUGCCUUCAAAAAUAUUUGGCUCCAUUAGUAUAGGUGGAUACAACCUGUGGUAUCAAAUGAUAUUGCCUCCCCAUUUCGAUUCAUCAAAGAAGUACCCUCUGCUCAUUGAUGUGUAUGCAGGACCCUGUAGUCAGAGAGUAGAUCCUAUCUUCCGGUUCAACUGGGCUACUUACCUUGCAAGCACCGAGCAGAUCAUUGUGGCCAGCUUCGAUGGCAGAGGGAGUGGAUACCAAGGGGAUGAGAUUAUGCAUGCAAUAUACCGGAGACUGGGAACGUAUGAAGUGGAAGAUCAGAUAACAGCAGGCAGAACGUUUUCUGAAAUGAGCUUUGUUGAUGAGGACAGAAUAGGUAUUUGGGGUUGGUCUUAUGGGGGAUACGCGACCUCCAUGGUGCUUGGCUCUGGAAGCGGCGUGUUCAAGUGUGGAAUAGCGGUUGCCCCCGUGUCACGUUGGCAAUAUUAUGAUUCAAUAUACACGGAGCGAUACAUGGGCCUUCCUACAGCAAGUGAUAACCUGAACAACUAUAAUAAUUCAACAGUAAUGGCCAGAGCUGAAAAAUUCAAGGAUGUGGAAUAUCUCCUUAUUCAUGGAACAGCAGAUGAUAAUGUUCACUUUCAGCAAUCAGCGCAGAUUUCCAAAGCUCUUGUUGAUGCUGAAAUAGAUUUUCAAGCAAUGUGGUAUACCGACAAAGACCAUUCCAUCACUGGUCAAGCACAUAAGCAUAUUUAUACCCAUAUGACCCAUUUCAUAAAGGACUGUUUCUCACUGCCCUAGCACCAGCAUUUCGGUUGGCAGUGAUGGUACUUCUCCAGAAAACUCUCUAGCUAACGUACACUGAGCCAGUGUAAACUUUUAUGAAUCAAGAU